AUGAACAGCGAAGCCCAAUGGAGGAAUCUCAACGAUGAUUUAGGGGUAAUUCUAGAAACAUCACUCCAAGGAUGUGUUGAGAGGAGAAUAGAAACACUGACUACACUAGUAUAUAACAUCGGGAAGGAGAGAUUUGGUGUUGAGGAGAGAAAGGAAAGGAGUAACAUCAAGCAGACGCCAAACAGGAGAGAACAGAAGAUUAAACAGCUAAGGAAGGAGCUCAAAGACCUAAACAGAAGGUACAAGAAAAGCAAUGAGAUAGAGAAGUUGGGAAUAGCUUGCAUUACAGACAAUGUCAGAGAGGAAUUGAGAAGAACUAGAAGGGCAGAACAACUCAAGAAUAGCAAUAAGAAGAAAGCGAAAAAUAGAGCAAACUUUAUUAAGAAUCCAUACAACUACACGAAAACACUGUUGGGUGGAGAAAGAACAGGGCAUCUUCAUUGUAGUAAGGAAGAAGUAGAGAAGUAUCUGCAUGAAACACACUCAGACAAAGAAAGAGAGACACAUUUGGGAUAUUGCUCAAGAGUUGAAGAAGAAAAACAACCAACGAUAGAAUUUGAAACAAAGGAACCAACAUGGAAGGAAGUUUGUGAGGUGGUAAAAAAGGCAAGAACAGGAUCAGCACCUGGGUACAGUGGUGUACCAUACAAAGUCUACAAGAAAUGUCCAAAGAUACAUAGAAAACUGUGGCAGCUAUUCCGAAUACUAUGGAAAAAAGGAACCAUUCCUGAGAGAUGGCAGAAAGCAGAAGGAUGCUUUGUACCAAAAGAAAAGGAUUCAAAAGAUAUCUCACAGUUUAGGACAAUUUCAUUGUUGAGCGUCGAGGGAAAAAUCUACUUCCCUGUAUUGGCAAACAGGAUGACAAAGUAUAUGGUAGAGAACAUCUACAUUGAUACAUCUAUGCAGAAAGGAGGUAUUGCAGGGUUUUCAGGAUGUGUAGAACAUACAAGUGUCCUUAGCCAACUCAUACAUGAGGCAAAGACAGGAAAGAAGAACUUGGCAGUAGUCUGGUUAGAUCUGGCAAAUGCGUAUGGAUCAGUACCACACAAAUUGAUAGAGAUGGCAAUGGAUCACUACCACAUUCCAGAACACAUCAAGAAAAUAGUCUUAACGUAUUUUGAUGGAAUACUGCUGCGAUUUACAGUAGAUAACAAGACCACAGCAUGGCAGAAAUUAGAGAAAGGAAUAGUUACUGGUUGUACCAUCUCACCAAUACUAUUCAUUAUGGGUAUGAAUAUCAUCAUGAAGGCAGCAGAAAGAGAAACAAGAGGUCCAAAGACAGAUUCAGGGAUUUUUCUACCAGCAACAAGAGGGUUCAUGGAUGACCUUACAGUAACAACAUCAUCCCAUAUUCAAGCAAGAUGGAUACUGACAGCACUGGAAGAAGUAGUCACUUGGGCAAGGAUGAAAUUUAAACCAAGGAAAUCAAGAUCAAUGAUACUGAAAAAGGGGAAGAUAACAACAAAGUUCCAGCUUAAGAUCCAAGGGGACGAAAUACCAACAAUAGUAGGCAACCCUAUAAAGUGCCUUGGAAAAUGGUUUGAUGAUACCCUUAAAGACAAUACCAGUGUGAAGACAGUACAAACUCAGGUUGUAGAAUGGCUUAAGAAGGUAGAUAAGAGUGGAUUGCCUGGGAAGUUUAAGGCUUGGAUAUACCAACAUGGGCUGUUACCAAGACUGACAUGGCUUCUUAUGAUCUAUGAAAUGACAGCAACAACAGUCGAAGCUAUAGAAAGAAAGAUAAACAGUCACCUAAGAAGAUGGCUAGAAGUACCACCAAGUUUUACAGCCAUAGGCCUUUACAGUAGAUCAUCACAACUACAGCUACCUUUAACAUCAACUUUGGAGGAAUACAAGGUAUCAAAGAGCAGACUUGUUAUGACUCUCAGAGACUUGAAGGAUAGCAAGAUCAGUGAGGCAGGAAUACAGACACGUACUGGACGUAAAUGGUCAGCAAGAACUGCAGUCGAUCAAGCAGAAAGUAUUCUUCACCACAAAGACAUAGUUGGCAACACCUGUACUGGUAGACAAGGCUUAGGAAUGACACAUUUCCAACAGUGGUCAAAGGCAACACUAAAAGAGAAGAGUAGCAUGGUACAGUCAGAAAUAAGAACAGUAGAAGAAGAAAGCAGUGGAGCUAAGCCGUCAAGGUGCAUGUAUGAAGUGGAACUUGCCAGAAAGAAAGAUCACAUGGGCAGAGUAAUGGAGGAUGGAACCAUUCAGAAUCUCAUUCAUGCUAAGGUCAGUGUACGAUACACUUCCUUCUCCUUCAAACUUACACCAGUGGGGACUGAUAGAAGAACCAAGCUGCAAGUUAUGUGGUGA